CCUUGGCUUCCUCGAUGCACCAUCCCUCCCCCUACUGCCGCCGUCCGGGUCGGGUGCGGGGGCGAGCCCCGACGCCCCCGGUCGGCUGUCCCCCGUGGAAAAUUCCAGAGACCCGGCCCCGGCGGGUCCCGCGGCGGUUGCGGGCGAGCCGGAGAGGGCGGCGGGGCGGCUGCUGACAGGACGGCGGCGGGGCCCCCGCGCCCGCCCCCGGCCUCUGCGGGGCGCCCCUCUGCCGCUCGGCCGCCGCCCCGCCGUCGCCCCACCCCCGCGCCGCCGGUCCCGCCCGGCAUCGACCCCCGCGGGCACCCCUGACCAUCAGCCCGGCGCACUCGCCGUCUCGCGACCCUCCUCCACGUGGAGCACCCCCCUCCCCUCCACACUCACUCUGUUUUUCGAGUUCGAGGGUAUUCUGAAAUCCUUUGGAAAUAACAAUAUGUGGCAAAUGGCACUUUACAUAAGACCCACUUUCUCUCCAGAGCUGCUGCUUCUCCCACUCACUGCCUAUUUCCCAGCAGUGAGUCUUGGCAGGGAACCCUGCCACUCACUUCCCCUCUCCUGCGAGCGUCGGUUUAGCUGCGGUGCGCAGCCCUGCGGGGUUUCCUUUCGCUGCUGCUUUGCUCGCUGCCCUGGCGAACCGGAAAGAUCCAAGGGAAAUGAGGCAAGUUAUCCUUUGGAAAUGUGCUCACACUUUGAUGCGGAUGAAAUUAAAAGGCUAGGAAAGAGAUUUAAGAAGCUUGAUUUGGACAAUUCUGGUUCUUUGAGUGUGGAAGAGUUCAUGUCUCUGCCUGAGUUACAACAGAAUCCUUUAGUACAGCGAGUAAUAGAUAUAUUCGACACAGAUGGGAAUGGAGAAGUAGACUUUAAAGAAUUCAUUGAGGGCGUCUCUCAGUUCAGUGUCAAAGGAGAUAAGGAGCAGAAAUUGAGGUUUGCUUUCCGUAUCUAUGACAUGGAUAAAGAUGGCUAUAUUUCCAAUGGGGAACUCUUCCAGGUAUUGAAGAUGAUGGUGGGGAACAAUCUGAAAGAUACACAGUUACAGCAAAUUGUAGACAAAACCAUAAUAAAUGCAGAUAAGGAUGGAGAUGGAAGAAUAUCCUUUGAAGAAUUCUGUGCUGUUGUAGGUGGCCUAGAUAUCCACAAAAAGAUGGUGGUAGAUGUGUGACUCUUAUCAGAGAGUACCACCCAACACUUUUGCUUUCUUCUCCAUCUCUGAAGAUCUGCUCAAGACGUCCAGCAAUGCUCUCUGUGUAUUUAAAUGGAAGUAUUUUUCUCUGUGAAGCCACAUUUUCCAACAUGAGCCUCAUGAAGCCAACUAAGUGUUAUUGAACUGUAAUUCUCUCAAUAACUCAGUGUAGCACUUUAAAGUCUGAAGGACAGCAACAUGAAAAGAGCAUAUCAAUGUGGUGGAGAAAGGGAAGGGGUUGGCUUUUUAAUUUAUUUUUCUUCAUCUUUUAUAACAAGAAAGUAUCUAUAUAUACAUAUGUAAAUAUUUAUAUAUAGAUAUAUGUAGCUUUAUAUGUAGUAGGUUGGCUUUAAUUUAAUAUACUUGAUUCAGAAACAAAACAAUAGAGUACAAAAGUGCCAAGCAGAACAUAAAACAUCCUUACUUUUAUUUCACACAGUUUUAUAUAUAGAUAGAAGACUGUACAAUUUGAGCCGGGUGUUAGGCCAGCUAUUUUCCUUUUCCUGUGCUUUCUCCUUUGAGAGAUUGACAAAGCAUUUGUUAACGUCCUAUUAUUUACCUUAAUUACAUUUUUGUAACAAAGGAGUCUGUAACUUUAUUUAUACUUAUGAAUAUAUCCAGGGACUACUUCUCAUUGCUGAGCAGCUUUUAAUACCUCUGCUUGAGGAGAAAGUCUAGUUCAUUGCUACUGCCAAGAGCUAGUUCUUGUGUUCAUAUAGUAACUGCACAGGGCUUAUAGCUGCUUCAUUCUGUUACUUUGUAACUAGGAGCCAUUGCAUUUAUUAAAUGUCCCUCAGUAACGUUAAGUGCUAGUUGUGAUUUUAUACAUAAAGGCCAGAAGCUGUCUGAGGCAAUCAUGAUUGAUUGUAUGUAUCACUUACUGAAGAAUACCUGAAGUGAUCAUGUAACUACUUAUAAGGGAUAUCCAUUUGUUUGAUUACAUGGGUAAAUAAUUUGUCAUUAAACUUGUGUUUGAAUCAUGAAUUCCCUUGUUUCAAAAGACUUGCAGCUAAUCUAAAAAACUGGUGAUAUUUAAUAUGCAUGUAUGUAUCUAAACACCCAUAUAUAUUUGUGGUUUAAGUGUGAGAAAUCUUGCUAACCUAUAUGCCACAGAAGAGCAAAAUUGUAUCCAAAUUUAUGCCACUUGAAUUUCUUUACCACGAGGGAUAGAGCAUGCAUACUGGUUUUUUUUUCUUGAUUUGCCCAUAUAAUUGGUAAUGGAUAACUUAAUAAAUUUGUGUGAUAUAAAAGUAGUGUAUCAUGUUCUACCAUUUGAUCUUAUCCCUUCCCAUUUCUGCAAAGGUACUGUUGGCUGGAAGAAAAACAUUUUGGUUAGCUUUGUAUGACAGUAGUCUUUCCCUUUAUAGUUUCUCUAUAAAAACUGGUUUUAAAAUCAGUGGAAAAGGGCAGGUUGAAUCAAGGUGAAUCAAUCUGAAAUUGAGCACACCUGCCUGCCAUCGCUGUUCCUUCAACUGAGUGCUGCACAUCAUGGGCUCUGUCUGUGAGAGAAAAAUCCUGGUGCUUGGUGUCCUUGCAUGACAUGGAGUUUUGCAUGUAGAUCAAUUUAAAAUGUACCUCUUGUUUACAUAAUUUGCAUAAUCUUAAAAGAUAAUGUUGCCAAACUUUGGAAAUGUUAAUGUUCAGACUGAAAAUCUCCACUACAUGUAACUUUCUUCCUCUGGAUCAGUGGCAUGGCUUAUAAUCCCAGCCAGUGGUUUGAACUGUUCCAGUGUCAACUGCCAUGUGCUCUGCUUCAAGGGGGAACUAGUCUUUUGUGAAUUUUUUGUACAUAAGUAUUUGUUACAAAUAUUUUAGCAAAUGCUUUCUAUUUCUCUUGCUUGUGCAUAUCUUGGCUGGCGUUACAGAAAAAUAGUGUAAACAUUAUUUCCUUACCGGGGAAUGAGGGUUUUUUCUUUUUUUCUUUCUUUUUUUUUUUUUUUAGUUUGUGUGUGGGGGUGGGUAGGGGAGGGGAUGGUUUAUGUUGAAUGUUUAGUUUUUCUUCUGCAUGAUAUGUCAUGUUGUGGGAUCUUUAGAAAACUUCAUACUGUAUGAAUAAGAAAAUAAAAUAUUUGAAACUUG